GUGUGUGGCAUCAUCCCUCUCUGCCAAGGCGUGUUGCAGAGCUGCUUCUUUCUGCGUGAUUUCCCUGUCCGGCGGGAGCACACGGCCUCCAACUGUCCCCUCCGCCGCGGCGGGCCUGUCAAUGACGGCGUUCGACGACAAGGCAGCUCCUCGCCGCCUGCCCGUGCCUCUCAUGCUCGCCGCUUCCGCCAGCAUCCUCGCCGCCGCGCACCUCCUGCGCUCGCUGCGCCGCAACAACGAGCCGCGAGGCCAGGGCCGCGCGGGGCCGCGCAGCAGGGUGGCGGGUAGGGCGGCGACGGAGGAGGAGCGGCGGCUGCAGCGAGCAGCGGCGGCAGAGGCUCGGCUAGGAGUGGGGGGACAGGAGGCAGGCGGUGCGAGUGGGCGCGGUGGCGCGCGGUGUGAAGGGCGAGUGAAUGGGGCGGGUGCUGUAGCUGCGGCAGCGAGCACAGACGGAGUGAGGGAAGCGCGCAGUGCAGGCAUGGUGCAAGGAAGUCCAACAGGUGUGCCAGGCGGCGACACAGCAGCAGGAGCAGCAGGGAGAGCCGUGGAUGGCGGAGUGGGCAGGCAGGUGGCACAGAGCGAGGCAGUGGGGUUGCCUGGUUGGCGUGAUCCGCGAUUGACUCCAUACGGCCAAGCUCUGCUGCUGAAGAGAGAGAUAGACCAACUGGACGAGGACGUCAAGGCGUGGCGGGCAGCCAGCGCACGCACGUCCCACCACUCAGCAACAGCACGUACCUCACAAGCGCCUAGGCUGGUUGAAGGCUCAGGAGAAGCAGAAGUAGAAAGCACAGAGGUACAGAAGAAUGGAACCGCAGCAGAGCAAGCAGAGGUUGGGGAGACACUGAGAGAGAAGCUGCUGGCUAGAGUGACUCGAGCAACAAUGGAUUUGGCAUGCAUUGAGCCUGACAUCAGUGUGGCACCUAUUCGGCGUGAGCAGAAUGCCCGUCUUUCACGGAUGAGAGAGGUGCUGGUGGAGGCAACGAGCCCUACGUGAGGAGGGGCAUCUGAGGCAUGAGCACCUCCUUUCAAUCAUUGGGCUGCAGCAUUAGGAUACCUUCUCUGACUGCAGCUCAUGGUCGGGUGACAUGUUCUCUGGCAGAUGCCAUUAUGCCACAGAACGACCUUCACCUUCACCACAAAGUAGGGGAGGGACCAGUUUUUUUAUCAAUGAAAACCAUUUCAUGAAAACAGUGAAAACAUGAUGCUCGUUUUCACAUGAUUAGAGCGUGUUCCUACUCUCACAGUAAACAGUUAAGUUAGAAUGAGGCACACAGGUUGUUUUUGUUCAAGUGUUGUACCCUCUAAGAACAUGCACCUUCCUAGGCCUAAGAUAUCAACCUUAAAGCCCUGGUUUGCUUAAUUUCAAUGGCUGUUUUUUCUGUUGUCUAUGAUUUUCCUGUGUUUGCAAACUGCCCAUUGAGACUUAUUCUUGAAC